AUGGCAUCGAAACCCCCCGAGGUCAGUGCUGCAGACAAACAGUGGCUCACUUUCCGACAAAAGCACGAAGCUGAACUUAAGGGCUUCCAACGGUAUGCGACGGAGUCUUUUGCCAAAUUUCAAGACAACGUCAACAAGGAGCGAGCAAUUAUUCUCGCAAAACACCAGAAAGAAGAGGAAGAGUUCUGGAGCAAUGCCAAGGCGGCAGCAGAUAAGGAGAAGAAGAAGGUUGGCACCAUGGCUGUCGGGUCUAAGACGGGUAUCCAGAGUCAAGCAAACCGUCGGGUAGCUGUUGCACCACCGAGAGCUGCUCCCACCAUCAAGAAGACGCCGGCGCCCAGAGCCAAAGCGCCGUCCAUAUCCAAGCCAGCGAGCAACACAACCACACCGCUAGCAGGACCCAGGAACAAGAAAGCCGCUGUCACAAUCAUUGAUCUUUGUUCUGACGAGGAUGACGAUGAACCAGUAUUACUCAAGGAGAAACCUGCUUUACAGAUAGCUGAGCAAAAGCCUAUCGCGAAAGACCCUCCCGGCUUGUCUGGCAAGAUCGGAAAUGCGUAUCUUUACUCAGCAACCCCGACACCCACUUAUACAACCGCCCGCGCUAUGUACAAGUAA